CAUAUGACUUGCAAGACAAGCAAAAGUUUCGCUCAUAAGUUUUCAAGUGUUUGCAUAAUCCGGACGUGUCCAAAAACUAAAGAAACUUAAAUUGUAUUAUGUCGUGCCCAUUUUUAAGUCGAUUCAGUGCAAGUUAUGUACGCAAUUACUCUGAGUUUUUGGUGCAAACUUAUGGUGUUUAUUGUCCUGUGUUGAGCAAACAAUUCCAUACCACAACAACUGGCAAUGAAGGUAUUAAAUUGCAAUCGAGUUUAGCUAAUGUGGCAGUGCCAAGGACAACAUCAACUCCAACAAACGCAUCUAAUCAACGCUCUUACACCUCUGCUGUACGACCAAAUGAAUCGUUUGCGAAACCACAAACCACGACGAACGGUGUAAAACAAAUUGAAAAUCGGAAUGUUGCUAUUGACGUGACCACUGCUGCUGAUACGUUUCCUUAUGAAAAUUUUUUCCAUGAUCAAAUUUUUAAGAAAAAGCAAGAUUAUUCCUAUCGUAUUUUCCGUAAAGUGAACCGUUUGGCAGGACCAGGUCUCUUUCCACAUGCCUUGGAAUAUUCAAAGGAUGAAAGACCCAUCACUGUUUGGUGCUCAAAUGAUUAUCUUGGGGUGUCUGCACAUCCGAAAGUGAAAGAGGCAUCAAUCAAAGCAAUUGAGUGUCAUGGCACUGGCGCUGGCGGUACACGUAACAUAUCAGGCAAUUCACUACACCAUGAAAUGCUGGAGAAACGCCUAGCGCGUUUACAUCAAAAAGAUGGUGCUUUGGUAUUUACGUCAUGUUUUGUUGCAAACGAUUCCACUCUUUUCACUUUAGCGAAACUGCUGCCUGGUUGUCAUAUAUUUUCGGAUGCAGGCAAUCACGCCUCCAUGAUACAAGGUAUACGCAAUAGUGGCGUACCAAAACAUAUAUUCCGUCAUAAUGAUCCAAAACACUUGCGCACAUUGUUACAACAAAUCGAUCGUAAUGUACCGAAAAUUGUCGCUUUCGAAACCGUACAUUCGAUGACGGGGGCAAUUUGCCCACUUGAGGAAUUAUGCGAUAUUGCGCAUGAAUAUGGCGCUUUGACUUUCAUCGAUGAGGUGCAUGCAGUCGGUUUAUAUGGUCGUAAUGGUGCAGGUAUUGGCGAAAGAGAUGGUUUAUUACCGAAAAUGGACAUUAUAUCGGGCACUUUGGGCAAAGCAUUUGGAAAUAUUGGCGGCUACAUAGCGAGCAGUGCAAAUUUGAUAGACAUGAUACGUUCAUAUGCGGCUGGAUUUAUAUUUACCACAUCACUACCACCAGCAGUAGUUUGUGGUGCUCAUGCUGCAAUUGAACUGUUGGCCUCUGAUGAGGGACGUGCUUUACGUAGCAAACAUCAGAGUAAUGUGAAAUAUUUGAAAAGCUUAUUACAACGAGAAGGUUUUCCUGUCGAAGAAACGAAAAGUCACAUUAUACCCAUACGCAUUGGAAAUCCAUUGAAGACCACACAAAUAUCAGAUAUUCUUUUACAUGAAUAUGGUCACUAUAUGCAAGCCAUUAACUAUCCAACUGUUGCCCGUGGUGAAGAGAAAUUGCGUUUGGCACCAACACCAUUCCAUACUCCCGAAAUGAUGCAACAAUUGGUAUCUGACAUGAAACGCGCAUGGAAAUCUGUGAAACUUCCAAUGGCUGUACCCGAUUGCCCGGCAGGAUGUAUGUUCUGCAACAGUGGCGUUGGCAAUGUAUCGAAUAUGUUGAUCCCACCAACUGUAAGUGGGGAUUUGAAAUGCCAAAUUCCCAACUGCCCUCGAGUUGUUGCUGCAAUGGCUUAAUGCAUUUUAUCAACAUACAUAUAUACAUACACUUAAAAAAAAACACAUACAUACACAUACAUGCAAAUUUACAAAUAUCAAUGGAACUUUGAAUGGGUAUGCAUAAACACUCUUACAUAUAAAGAAUGCGUUCAUAGAAUUGCAAAUAAAGGAAUUAGUACUUCAAGCACAAAA